UAUAUAAAACAGAGGCUCGGUCAAGACCCUGGUGUUUAGUCGAGUGCGAGCUACGAAUGAAGAUGUUUAAUUUCGUGAUACUCUGUCUCUGUAUCUACGGAGCGACAUGUUCUCCGACGGUUUUGUACUCAAAGCCAACGGUAAACGCCGACGAGGCUGGAGAAUCUGCAGUAUCGGAUGUUGGGAUUAUUACUGACAAAAUGUCGGAUUCAGAACGUGAAUUAUCAACGCGAAUAGAAGUACCGGGAGCUAAUAAUACUGCUGAGAAAAUACAAGUUUAUCCGCAGUAUCUGCCAGGCACGGAAAAUCUUGCCGAAAAAGCUAUACCGGAAGCUGUGAUACGACAAAUUGGGUACCCUUCUUACCGCCAACAGUAACCAACAAUGAGAUGUUAAUUUACGUCUUGAAAAAUUUAUGUAUGAAUACUAUUUUGUAGAAUGUAAUGUCAGCGAAUAAAUUAAUUAUAAAUGUAUCCAAUAAACAAAAAAUAAAGAAAAAUUAAAAAUU